AUGAAGGCUAUCUUCUCUUUAACCGUUCUCGGAUUUUUACUAAGAUUGACAAUGCGUGGUGCCAGUGGAUUCCCUAAUGACUGCGUGGUAAGUCCUACAGGAGACGACGUGGAAUGUCGUGGAUGUGGAUUAAACUCUGUUCCACAGGAUUUCUCUGUUAAUGUUACAAAGCUGGAUCUUGCUAACAAUCAACUGGUCACCUUACAACCACGAUCCUUCCUUUAUCUACCAAAUCUACAAUCACUGAAGCUGGAAGAGAACGGGAUGAGAAACAUUUCACUUGGACCAUUUGACGGUCUUGUAAACCUACGGUAUCUCAGCCUUAGUGGUAACAAGCUCGAGAGUUCAAUUGGCAAAAAUACUUUCAAGCCACUGAUCAAUCUUCGUGUUUUGGACCUGCAUGGAAAUUAUUUCCAUACCAGUAAAUCUUAUCCGAUCGAUGCACUGCUGUAUCUUACAAACAUCGAUGCUCUUUCGAUCGACAUUUUUGAACAGUUCAGUUUUGGGAAAAGAUUUUCGCGUUUAAAGAAUUUGACAACCUUGAACUUACAUGGUAUUGAUGUUUGUUCCAUUCGAAACACAUCAUUCAAGGAUUUGGGAAGUUUAGAAAUAUUACAUCUCACCAUAGAUUCUAGAAUUCGAUUUAUAGAGAAGGAUGCAUUGUCUCCAUUUAGAAAUCUUACUUUACUGGACAUUGAUUCACACCGGACAAUCAGUAUCCGUGAGGUUUUACAAGCUUUGUACGGAUUGAGGAAUCGAACAAUGGAACAGAUCAGGUCAACCGACAACUUCCGAUCGUUUGAAAAUCCUGUGAAAAUAAUGUCAUCUGAUAUUGUUUAUCUUAAAACAAUUUGUGUAAAGCGUCUUUAUCUUGUUAGAAACUCCAUUUCCAAUAUCCCCGUCUUUGUCAUCGUGUCAUGGACAAGCAGACACUUGGCAGCUAGACAGUGUAGAUUAAGAAACGAUUUCCUUUCAUACAACUCCAGAUCUGUGUUCUAUGGACUAUACAGUCUUACCUAUGUGGAUCUCUCUGAGAAUCAUUUCGAUACAUUGCAUCCAAUGACCUUUCGUGACCAGAGGAAUGCCUUGAGAGUUUUACUGAUCGCGGAGAAUGCAAUGAAGGUGUUUCCAAGAGAAGCAGUAGAGAGCCUUGACCACCUGGAGUACAUCGAUGUCACUGGUAACGAUAUAUCAAGACUAACACCGUCCGAUUGUGAGAUCAUUGAUUCGCUGAAACAAAGAUCGGAACAAUUCCUUGUCAAUCUGAACAAUAAUCCCUUAGUGUGUAGCUGUGAGGAUUUGGAUUUUCUUCAUUGGGUUAUGACGUCUCGUGUUCUUUAUAACAAAGACAAUCUGAAAUGCAUGACAACACGAGGUGAUAGAAUCCAGAUUAAAGAUCUACAACAAAACUUCGAGAGAUUUCAGAUAGACUGUGCUUCUUUCAACUGGCUCAUUGUAUCCAUAGUUCUUGUGUUUGUCAGUUGUUUGUUGACGGUGUUCUCAGUGGUGUCAUGGAGAUACAGUGCCAAGUUAAGAGUCUGGUUCAGACAACCUACUGAUGGCCCAUUUACACACUACGCCUUCAUAUCUUAUUCCGACAAGGAUGCCAAAUGGGUACGAGAACGACUCGUACCACAGUUGGACCUAGACGGACUUUCGUUCUUGUGUGAAGACAAACACUUUGUUAUCGGUAAAGAUUUAGCUACCAACAUUUUGGACGCAAUAGAUAAUUGUUAUAAAUCAGUGUUUGUGGUAAGCUAUCAUUUUCUUAACUGUGAAUGGACUAGAUAUGCAAUGCAGGUAACUAGUGGUUAUUCCUUCCGGCAUGGGCGAGAACACAUGAACAUUGUCAUCCUGCUCGACGAUAUAAAGCUCUCUGAAUUGCCAAAACUACUUCGUAAAAACUGGGACAAUGCUCCCUUGAAGCGAGAUCUAUCUGGUCAUAAAAGGAUUCAGGACCUUCAUAAACUGGAAAUCAACAAGAUUCGUAUACAAUGA